CGAAAAUUCCGGUGAUUAUAUUUUUUAAAGAUGGCGGAUUUGAGGAAACUCGGGUUCGUAGGGACUAUCGGAGAAGACGAUGAAAUAGAAGUCGAGCCAGAGAGUUCUGAUAGCAAUGAAGAUGAACUACAGACACCUCAAAGACAAAAGAAAAAGAAAAAGGCAAAGAAAAAUGAUAACGAAUUUAACACAAAGUUCAGUUUUACUGAUCAGCUUGAUCCUUCAGCCAGCUUUGACUUUGAUUUUGCCAUCCGGCAAGCUAAAAGAAAGCAGCAUGCAACCACUUUAGAUGAAAAGAUUGCCAAAGUUAGAAAGCAACAGAAAAGGGGAGACGAACCAGAAGUGAUAGCUGGAGAGAGUGAGGAAGAUGAAAUCGAGGAAGAUGAUGAAUCUUCAGAUGAGGAAAUGAGGACAGACACUGUCAAAACAAAGGAAAAGAAAAAGAAAAAAAGCAAGAAGAAAAAAUCGUACUCAGACAGUGAGGAGGAAAAGGAAAAAGAAAAAGUGGAGUUUUCAGAAACUGUGGAUUCCUAUGAUGAGAAGUUAACAUUUCAGGACAUGAAUGUUUCUCGUCCACUCAUGAAGGGCCUGGGUCAUAUGAACUUUUCUAAGCCCACACCAAUCCAGGCUGCGACCAUUCCAGUAGCUCUUCUCGGUCGAGAUCUCUGUGCCUGUGCUGUAACGGGAUCAGGUAAAACUGUGGCAUUUAUGCUUCCCAUUCUGGAACGCUUGAUGUACCGAACUCAACAGGUAGCAGCGACGCGAGUCCUUGUGCUGGUACCCACCAGAGAGUUGGCUGUUCAAGUCCACACUGUUGCCCGACAGUUAGCACAAUUUACCAACAUAGACAUUGUCUUAUCAGCUGGUGGAUUAGAUGUAAAAGCACAAGAAGCAGCCCUACGCAUGAAUCCAGAUGUCGUUAUAGCAACUCCUGGAAGACUGAUUGAUCACCUGCACAAUUCUCCAAACUUCUCUCUCAGAAAUAUAGAAAUUCUAGUGUUAGAUGAGGCAGACAGAAUGUUGGACGAGUACUUUGCGGAGCAGAUGAAUGAAAUCAUCCGUCAGUGUGCUAGAACCAGGCAGACCAUGUUGUUUUCUGCGACAAUGACAGAAGCUGUGCAGGACUUGGCCUCAGUCUCCCUCAAGCAGCCGGUGAAAAUUUUUGUCAACCAGAACACAGACGUAGCCCUUGGUCUUCGGCAGGAGUUCAUCAGGAUACGAGCCAACAGAGAGGGGGAAAGGGAGGCAAUCAUCGCCUCACUGGUCAGCCGUACCUUCAGAGACCACUGUAUUGUGUUCAUACAGACAAAGAAACAAGCCCACAGGAUGCACAUUGUUCUGGGCUUACUAGGCGUCAAUGUGGGUGAGCUCCAUGGCAACCUGUCACAGGCACAGAGGUUGGAGACGUUAAAAAGGUUUAAGGAGUCUGCUGUAGAUGUGUUGCUAGCAACAGACUUAGCAGCUAGAGGACUGGACAUUGAAGGAGUGAAAACUGUGAUAAACUUUACCAUGCCUAACACCAUAAAGCAUUACGUGCACAGAGUGGGGCGAACCGCCAGAGCAGGACGCAGGGGGAGAUCAGUGACAUUGGUUGGAGAACAGGAAAGGAAAUUACUGAAAGAAGUAGUCAAGAAAGCUAGAACUCCUCUGAAAACCAGAAUAGUACCCCAAGAGGUGAUUUCAAAGUACAGAGAUAAAAUAAACAAGUUAGAGAAAGACAUAGCGGAGAUUGAGCAGCAGGAGAAAGAGGAAUCUUACUUAAGGGCGACAGAAAACCAGAUGAAUAAAGCCAAGAAUCUGCUGGAGAAGGACAAAAAUGGAAUGGACGACCAGAAACGAAUCUGGUUCCAGUCUCACAAGGAGAGAAUGCAAGAAAAGGAGGCAUUAAGACUGGGAGAAUUUAACAAAUUACCAAAACACAGAAAGACAAGUAGUAAAGAGAAGAAAAAAGCAAUAACUGCAGAGGAUAGAGUGAAUCACGAAAUUCAGAAGUCUCAGGAAUAUGCCAUCCGUAACAGUAAGAAGUCGUUCAAGCAGAAAAAGAUUCGAGUAUUCAAAGAGGAGGAUCUAAGUACCAAUAAACUGCAGAAUAAGGGAGGCAAAAAGAGGAAGUCUGCUUUUGAUCAAGAACUGACAAAUACCGGAAAGAAUGCCAUUAAAAAGUUCAGAUCUGGACCAUCUUUCAAAGAAAAGAAGGAACUUGGAUUAUUAGGAAAGAAGAGAGGCAAAAAAUCCACAGGACCCAAAACAGGAAAAAAGAGGAGGUGACAUGAUGAAAGAAGUGAUUGAUUGUUACAGAUGGUUGUUUAAUACACUACAGAUAGUUAACAUGG